AUGAUUGUUGGUUGGAUUUGUACUUCUAUCGAUCCUCGCAUCCGCUCCACUGUUUCUUUCAUCUCCGAAGCUUCAACGUUGUCGGAGAGUCUCCGUGUUCGGUUCUCUGUUGGCAACGAAGUCCGCAAGCAAGUUCUCAAGGACGAGAUCGCUUUUUGUAAACAAGACAGUCAACCGGUUCUUGAAUACUAUGGACGCCUUUCCAAGCUAUGGGAGGAACUCCAGAAUUACAAGUCAAGCAGGGUUUAUCGUUGUGAAGCUGCGCCUGAUGUAGAAAAAGAACGUGAGGAUGAUCAAAUUCAUCAAUUCCUUUUUGGCCCUGAUCUCCCUCGUUUCUCUCACAUUCGCUCCAAAAUUACCGAUGAGGAUCCAUUACCUUCUCUCAACCUGGUUUAUUCGAGGGAGAUUCGGGAAGAUCAAAACCUGGAUGUUGACGGUCAAAGAGACAACAAAACCAGAAGCGAUUGUUUUCCGGACUGGUAUUAUGAGAAAAAGAGUCUUCCUCGCUCCACUCCUGAUACACAUGACUCCCUCUUCGGCUUUGACAACAAAGCUGUUCAACGUGGCGGACGCUCGAACAGAGGUACUGAUCGCGGUCGUGGUCAUGUUCACAGUGCGCAAGCGGCUUCUUCCUUGGCUACUAGUACCGAUCAGAUUCCUCAACAGAUCUCUGUUCUUCAAGCUCAGCGUCCUAAUGUGUCUUAUGAACAGUUAUCAGAAGAUUGUUCUAUUUUACAUGACGUGAUUGAUAUUAUUCCCUCCGCUGUUACCAAGCCCGAUGGUACUGCGUCCCGCGCAACGAAACGAGGCGUCCUUCCUCUCAACUCCACUUAUAAAUUGCGCGAUGUUCUCUACGCUCCUGACUUUGAUUGCACCUUGAUCUCUAUAUCUAAACUGCUUAAGCAAACGAGUUCUAUUGCGGUAUUCACUGACACUUUGUGUUUCUUACAGUACCGUUUUUCGAGGACUUUGAUUGGGGCGGGGGAAGAACGUGAGGGAGUGUAUUACUUUACGGGUGUUCUUGCUGCUAGGGUUCACAUAGCUUUAAUCCAUGUAAUCCGCAGUGAUAAUGGUACUGAGUUUAUGUGCCUUACUCCUUACUUCCAAGAACAUGGCAUUCUUCACCAAACGUCGUGUGUGGAUACUCCCCAACAAAACGGUCGGGCUGAGCGUAAACAUCGUCACAUUUUAAAUGUGGCUCGCGCUUGUCUCUUUCAAGGCAACCUCCCUGUCAAGUUUUGGGGGGAAAACAUUCUCAUUGCCACUCACCUCAUCAAUCGGACACCAUCAUCAGUUUUAAACGACAAGACACCGUAUGAGGUCUUAUUUGGUACACGACCCUCUUAUGACAUGCUGUGCACAUUAAGGUGUUUAUGUUAUGCACACAUUCGUCAUAGGGAUAGAGAUAAUUUCAAGUCCCGCAGCCGCAAAUGUGUCCUCCUCGGUUACCCCUAUGGCAAGAAAGCUUGGCGUGUUUAUGAUCUUGACUCUGUGUCGUCUUCUUCCCCUCCUAUUGCUUUGGAUUCACCACAGUCUCCGAUUGCUAUUGUUUCUCCUGCACCGACUGGUCUGGACAUGGCAUCAGCUACAAGUGGUACAGCUAGUGGGGACUCUCGGCAUCGAUCACUCAAGGAUGGUGAUGAUCCAUCGCCUUCGGCAUACAUUGGUCAAGUUGAACAUGGCCGGUCAGUAGGUGGUUCUUGCCACUAG